AUAGUGAACAAGAAAAACACUUCCGUAUAGUCACAGUUUAUCUCGGUGAAGCUGGAUAGACAACAGUCCCAAAAUGCCCAAAUUAAAAGACAAAAGAAGAGAGAAAAUCAGUGUUGCCACUGAGGUAAGAAGUCAGGCUUCAGACUCGUUUGCUUGGGCUCACUACUUGCUUAACGUUUGCUUUGUCAGACAUGUCACUUUCUCAUUCAGUGUCUUUAGUUGUCCUCUAGCAAAAUCAGCCCUUACCUGCUGUCGUUAACCACAGACUGCGUGUUGAACACAUUGCAUUAUAGAUUGACCGUUUGGAGGAGCGCAGGGCACGUUGUCAAGACAACCUGGAGAGGGCUGAGUUCAAAAGCAGGAAGGACAAGCUAUCUGAGAAGGAAAGGUGAGGAAGAUUAUGGAGGUAAUAUUAUAACAGUGUUUAUCGAACUGUCAGCAUCCCUGCUUUCAGGGUAUUACACCUAAAUCACUGUGUGAUGAUGACAUUUCUCUUCUUCCUCAGGCAGGAACUAGAAGAUGAAAUGGCAAUAAUGAACGAGAGGGUGCAACAAUUAGGUAGGCUAUUUUGUAAUCUUGAUACACUUUUUACUUUAUGUGUCUCACUUGUAUGUAGACAUCUGCUGCUCAGUGUUGAGGUAGAAAGAAGCACAAUAAUAAACAUUGCUACACCAGCCACAGGGUCUCCUUCUGGUUUUGAUAAGAUUCUUCAGUGAUCUCAAGUAAUUAAUAAGCUACUAGUAGUAUUGUGAUAUUAUAUACAAAAAGCACACCUACAACAAACAUUCCUUAUUAUACCUAUAGAGUAUCUUCAAACACUCUAUACCCUUGCCCCCUCACAAACAAAAAAUCUAACCCCAAGCUUAGUUCACAUCUUGAGAGCCUUGAUCUUCCGAAUAUAACUCACACUGUCAUUUCUAUAUACUAAAAUGAGUUUCGCAGUAGUAUACAUCACUGUAGUUUUAUUUUGCUUGAAUUUUAUGCAUUUAUGUAGUUUAUUUCUUUGCACAGAUACACAGAGUAAAUACAGUUUAGAUUUAAAAUUAGAAUAGCAUAAAAGAGCUGGAUAGACAAAACUGAACAUUAUAGAAGUGAUCUGAGUUACCACAAAAAAGUGAACAACAAAAAACACAUUAUGUAAGCAACAGAUAAUGUGACUUUAUAUGAAACUCAUUUCUAAUUUAUUGUUCCAAAAAAAGAACCAAAUGUUACAAAAGUAAUGAAAAGUCUUUUUUUCCCCCACCCCUAGACAAGGAGCUGGAGACAUUGCGAGGAGAGAAUCGGAAGAACAUGCUGCUCUCAGUCGCUCUGCUGCUCAUAAGCGCUCUCUUCUAUUACGCCUUCUUCUACAAUGAAGACGGUUCAUGAGCUAUCCAGAAAUGUAAAGUUCCUUCCAGAACAACUUCAGGACAAUGUUGCUACAUGAAGAAAUAUGAGGCCAAAGGGGUGUCCGUACACAGAAAGUCAAACUGCCUCUAGGUGGCAGCAUUAUCUUUUUGUUUUCUUCCUCUGGUCCCCACACAGCCUUGAUCCUGCACGGUAACAGCCCCACCUCAGCCUCUUGCACUGUAAAGUUUGUGUUUCAAGCAUGCUUUAUAGGUCUAACUCUACAAGUUGAAUGUUUUCUUUUCUUUUCAUACUUCCUUAUUCCUCUGCUUCUGAAGCUUUUUGCAAAUAUCAAUGCCAGCAGCACACUGUAUAUUUCUCUAUCAACAACACAGUCUUAAACAUAUUCGUACCAGAACUGUUGAGCCAUGAAUACCAGUUUACAGUCGUAAUCUGUCUUCUCAGUAGGACUUUCUUCCUGUAUGACUCUCGAUACUAAGAGUCAACCAGAGUUAAAAUACAUUUCCCUCCUGAAUAAUCAUUGAAAUACGAACCAGUUUAAUAUAUUUGUGAUAUGUUAUAGAAUAAUAUCAGUAAAGUCAGCUUAAGCCUUUCAGUAAUAUGAUGAACAGUGUGUAGUAAUGCAUGUUUCAUGUUCCAUAUUUAAAGUUAUCCUGAUGGAAAUGUUCGUUUAACAAACAUUUAGAAGCUGACUGUUAUGUUUGAAUAUUUUAGCCAACAGGGCACCUGAUGAAUGUAUAUUGAUGUUUUGAUACUCAUUUUGUCUUUGUACCUGCCUGUUGAGAAAAAAAAAGUUUUAUAUACAGCCCAUGAUUUUAACAAAGCAUUUUGUAAAUCUAUGUUUUUCAAGGUGCUGUAUAAAUAAAACCAUUAUUGUUAUGACUUAUAUAUAUACACACACAUAUAUAAUUAAAUAAUGAUUCUGCCAGAACACCAAAAUGCCAGAUGUCACUUUGAGUUGUUUUGGUUCUAAAGCAGAAAUAUGUUUGAGCUGGGCUUUGCUGUCUGUGUCUGCUCUCAGGUCAGGAGUUUUUAUUCAAGGUCUACAGCAGUUAUACACAUCCAGAUAUGAACCGUCUUGUCUGACCUUUUUUGACCGGUUUACUUUAUCAAUGUGACAUCACAAAGCAAAUGUCCCAUCACAACACAUCACAUGAUUGGGCUGUGGUGGUGGGGUCCAAGUGGUAUUGUUUCAUGGGGCCCAGAGUUAUGAGCAUCACCCUGAUAACGCAGCUUAUCAUCAUGUGUUAGUUUUUUUUUUUUUUUUUUUUUUUGCAAGGUGUAAAAUUGUUUGUUCAGAAUGUGGCACUAAGUUUUUUUUUUAUAACUUUAUUAGUCUUUCAAAACAACAAAUACCAGUAAAAAGUAUUCAUAUGACCCAAGAUGGCAUCUUUAUCCAUCAAAUUUUAUUUCAAAUCAGUAGAUUACAUUCAAAGAUUGUAAAGAUUUGUUAUCCUUGAAAUGGAAAGCUCAACCAUUGAAUUGUUCUGCCUUUCGCAGCAAAAAAGCGGGUAUACUGUCUCAGUACUAGUCAGAAUAUUUCAUUGCUCAUAAUAUAAGCCACAUUGACCCAAUUAAUCCAAAAGUAACUCAAAAUUUGCCAUAUUAACAUAAAAAAAAAUCCUAAACAGAUGGUUAUGAGUGAAAAUUGCUGCCAAUGCCUUAGUGGAGGUUUUGGAUUUUUUUUUUUUUUUUGGGGGGGGGGGGCUAUUGCAUUUUGUUUUGACAAAUUUACCCCAAAAAUAUUUCAUACUGCACAGGUGGUAGUGAUUACUCAUCACCACCUAUUCAGAGCUUUUUUUUUUAGCUCUUGAAAUAAGACUUUUAUGUGAACCUAUCAGGCUAGUGUGCCUCAUACCAAGGGUAAUGAUAUCAUAGCAACAACCCACACAAAUACAUUUUUAGUAAGCUUUGAAUGUUUGGAGUGUGUGACCAUAGUAAUUUAUUUGCUCACUAUUGCAGUGCUUUAAAACUUCUUUAUCCAAGAGUCAAGUUUGUCCCCACUUGUCCUGUUUUAAAUGUAUGUGUCUUUAGGUUUAUUACCGAUCAACCCUGACUGUCAUUAAUUUGAAAAAGAAAUCCUUCUAACUUCUGUUCGUCUUGCAUCCUCACAAACUGCAUAAAAAUACAAAGUGAACAUCAGUAUUUUUAUACUUUAAUGAUAAAAAAAAUCUUGACAUAUUCUUGGUCAAGAUGCCUCAUAAUUUCAGGUUUAAAGUGCUACUUUUGUGCUAUUGGUGUAUUUACAUAACUAUAUUUUUUGUCACAGAGGCAGUGAAUGUCUUCAUUAAUAAACAGGAGUUUCUCUUGACGGGA